AAAUGCCAUGUUAAAGAGCAUCUGCGAGGUUCUUGAUUUGGAGAGAUCGGGUGUAAAUAGUGAACUAGUGAAGAGGAUUUUGAAUUUCCUAAUGCAUCCAAAGCCUUCUGGCAAACCAUUGCCAAAAUCGAAAAAGUCUUUUAGCAAAGGCAACAAAAAGGAACGGAAUAGUUCUGGAAUGGCCAGGAAAGCUAAGCGAGCCAGAUGUCCCGAGAUCCUGUCAGAUGAGUCUAGCAGUGAUGAAGACGAGAAGAGAAACAAGGAGGAGUCUUCAGAUGAUGAAGAUAAAGAGAGUGAAGACGAGGUAAAAUGUUGAGUGUUUCCUCAGUUG